UUUUGACCCGGGGGCGGGGCGGUCAGCUGUUCGGCACAGUUGUCAACAUGUGUCUGAUCCGGUAACGACCCGGGUCGAACCGGGCUCACGGACAGGGGACAACUUUGGCGGGAGGAUGGAGACGUUCAGUAAACUGAGCAGCAUGUUGCUGCACGCGCUCGAGACGAGGGAGCCCACAGUGAACCUGUUGGACUCUUUUGUUGAUCACUGGAAGUCAAUCACCAACUAUUACAUCCAGACGACAGAUGAGAGUCGUCCUGUCAAACAGACAGACAUCCCCUGGCGUCUCAAACAGAUGUUGGACAUCCUGGUGUACGAGGAGAAAGACCAGGGUGUGGAGGAGACAGGCUCCUGUCUGGAGUACCUACUGCAGCACAAACUGUUGGAGACUCUGUGCACUCUGGGAAAGGCUCAGUAUCCUCCAGGUAUGGUCCAGCAGGUCUUGUUGUUCUUCUCCAAGCUGUUGUCUCAGAUGCAGAAACCUCUGCUGCACCUGGUCAGCGUCUACAGACCUGUACAGAAGCUGAUUCGUCUGUGUGCACUUCCUGGUUCCCAGACGGAGAAGGAGGAAGCUCAGUUCUUAUUGGUUGUCUGCUCCAGAGUCAAACAGGAUCCGCACACGCUCAGAUUCGUCUUAGAGAUUCUGGACCAACCAGCAGCCAGGACACCAGCCUCUGACCAAUCACAGCCCUGCACACAGACAGAUCCACCACUGCUCUGCAGCCAAUCAGAUCCAUCCGCCUGCAGCCCUGACCAAUCAGAGUGCGGCCUGCUGUGGGCUCUGCUGCAGCUCACCAACAGUCAGAGGGGCUCAGUGUCUCUGAAGGCCUAUGAGAGUCUCCUGCUGCUGUCUGGUCUCCAGUCUGGACCUUCAGGGGACCUCCUGUCCGAUCAGACCCAGCUGGGAGAGCUGCUGACUGGGAGGCUGCUGCAGCUGUACUCCCUGCUGCCUCUGGAGGACCUGGAUCCUGGAGAGCUGCAGAACUGGCCUCACACACCCUGGAGCUCUCAGUUCUCUCGCUGCAGCUCUGAUCUCAGGUCAGACUCACCUGCUGCUGAUCACAUGACCAACUUCUUCUGCUGGUUGGACUUCCUGGAUCACCUGAUCAGAGAGGCCCCUCAGCAGGUGUUAGCGGUGAAGCUAGCUCAGUGUGUUCAUCACUUAUGGUUGGUGAACGUUCUUCAGCCUCAACUGCUACACACGAGUGAACAGGUGGUCCUGUCCUCCACCUCUGUCCUUUGUGCUGUGGUCAGACUGGUCCAGUCAUCCUCUCUGCUGGAUCAGCUGGUCCACUUCCUGUUGAGGACGGACCCACUGACUCACCUGCUGCUGCAGCGCUGCGACCACAUCUCUGACCAGAUCAGUCUGGUGUCUCUGUCUCUGGUGGACGAGUUACUACAGAAGCCUCACAGGGACAUUUUGGACGUCCUGGUCUUGAGUUUCCUGCAGAGUCGUAGUUACCUGUCUCCACCUGCUGCGGGACAGGAGGACAGACACACAGAGACCAACAAGGACCACGAGGACAGCGAUGACCUGGAGGAUGACCCGUUCUUCUCCGACAGUUUGUUUUCAGACAGUCAGCAGCUCCUUCCUCCUCCUCCUCCUCCUCCUCCUCUGUCCUCCUCUGCUCCUCCUCCUCCCUCUGGACUGGGAUCAGCUGCUGACGUCGUCAACAGUUUCUUGUGUUUAGUUCCUGUUCAGGUGCGAUCAGCUCAGCUGCUGCAGGAGGGAGGAUACGAGUCGUACGUCCAUGAUGCUCACACACUGGUGACAGAGUGUCAGUCUCUGUCCCUGUCGUGGGAUUGGCCACUCAGUCUUCCUCCUCCCUCCUCCUCCUCACAUGAGGAGUUCUUCGAAGGACACCUGCUCAAAGUCCUGUUUGACCGACUGGGUCAAGUCCUGGAGCAGCCGUACGAGUUGAACCUCCAGCUGACAGCAGUUCUGUCCAGACUGUCGUCCUUCAGCCACCCUCUGCUGCACGAGUACCUGCUGGACCCCUACGUCCACCUGUCUCCCUGCUGCAGGUCCCUGUUCUCUGUCCUCAUCAGGCUGAUGGGGGAGUUGAUGCAGAGGAUCCAGCAGGUGUCCAACCUGACAGACAGACUGUUAAACACCAGAAGACUCCUGCUGGGACUGAACCAAAACACUGGCCUGGAGCACCUGACCCUGCUGAAAGGACUCAUCAUCCUGGAGGAGUUCUGUAAGGAGCUCGCCGCCAUCGCCUUCGUCAAACUGCCCCUGGACCAGCAGUGACUCACCUGAGAACAGGUACACCUGGGACACGUAAGCUUCACCCUGAGGACAGGUACACCUGGGACAUGUGAGCUUCACCCUGAGGACAGGUACACCUAUAUGAGCUGAGACAGGUAAAUCUGCUGCUCCACCUGGACUCCACACGUGAACCUUACAGCCACUGUUUCCAAGGCAACCCUGAACGUCUCAUCGUCUCCGCCUUAAUGAACUGUCUCACCUGAAUCUAUAGUUCGACCUCACAGUGACAUCACAGUGACAUCACAGCCUGCUCUCAGGACAGUUUUAUCUAUUUAUUAUAGUUUUGAUUUUUAUUCUGAUCCAGAGAAACGAGUCUGAUCAAUUUAUCAGAUAAAAAAAACAGUCAGCUGAUUGGAUAAUAAGUGGGAGUGAUGUCAUCAGAGACAAGCUGUGAUCAGUACCUCCACAUCAGACUGGUGUCUCUUCAGAGCUCCCAGUGUUCCCACUACAGCUGGAGACCACAUGAAGACUCAGACGUCGAUUAGAACCAGUUCACUGACCCGUCUGAAGGAGCUGCGAUCAGACCUGACUGUCCGUCAGACACGUUGGAAACCUCGACUCAGACACUGGUUCCUGAACGUUCCUGUUUUUAACCAAUCAGAUGAGAUCAGUUUUAACUUAAGAACCAUCAAACGUUACGCUACGACAUUUUAAUUUUUACUCUCAGAUCAGUUUGACAACAUAAGAAAUAACGUGUUUCCUGACGACACCAGUUUCAGAUUAGAGGAAUGUUUCAGUCGCUGUGUGUCACCAUCAGGCUCUCUGAGGCCUCAAACACAACCUGAUUGAUUGAUUGAUUGAUUGAUUGAUAAACGUGGACCUGAUCAGUCAACACCAAUAUUUCACAUCACUGACUCUGCUGACAUCACAAGAACAGCUGGUUCACUGUGAAUCAAUAACUCAUUUCCUUCAGUCGUGUGAUUAUUGAAGGUGUGGCCUGGAGCCAGGUGAGAGCUCAGUGGUCACCUGUGGUCACAUGAUCAGGAUGGUCCCACCUCCUCAUAGCUCGGUACGAACCUGCUGCGUGCUGAUUGGCUCUCUGACGCUGGUCAGAUUCACCUUCAGGACGACACGUUUGUUACAACACUACUGACUCACUGACGCUUCACUGUGAACUAACUUUAUUUACAUACAGUUUUUAUCCCAAAGAAUGAGUGUGACCUCACUGAUGAUGUCACAACCUCACUGAUGAUGUCACAACCAUGAGUGUGACCUCACUGAUGAUGUCACAACCUCACUGAUGAUGUCACAACCACGAGUGUGACCUCAGCACAGUGCAUCAUGUUCUGUGUUGGUCUCAGCUGUGAAACACUGACACAGAAAAUAUUUAUAUUCACUUUAUUUAAGUUUAAAAUGUGAAAAAAACCUGUAAUAAAAGGUCAAAGAGAA